CAGUAGUGCAACUGUAUUGUCAUGACAACAGCAGUAAUGGAUUUACACAUACAAGAUGACAGCUGCGUCUCCUACUAUAUGCCGGCCAGUACACUGUACUUAUGGAAUCUGAUUACACAUUUCCUGAAGAUCCUUUUGAGAAACUUGAAACUGUUUACUCAAACAUGCAAAAGAGGGUCGCUAGAAUGUGCCAGACUGUGACAUGUGACAGUGUGAUUGACGUUUUUGAUGAUGUGUAUGAAGCUGGCACAAACAUUCAAGACACGCCGGUAUUUGGAGACACGUGGCACUGUAUGGAAUGUACAAGUAAUGAGACACCAAGCUAUCUAGCAAGGCCAAGAAUUCAUUUUAGUGGAAUGUUCAAAUCUGACACACUGACAAUCAACAAUUAUUAUGACAACUUUGAUGUUGAUCACUUUUUAGAAAUCAAUGAGAUGUUGGCAAAGAAUGAGAAUACUGGCUUUAAUCCAACAGGAUCAGGAGAUUUCUUUUUUGAGGGAUGUGUUGUCUCCAUGGUGUGUCCAGAAAAUGGUCCUUGCACAGAGAAUGAUCAAGUGGUUGGACAACCUCUGCAGAGUUCCAGUGGAGAGAAUGCAGGGAAAAUGGUUGAUCUUGACGUAGAAGUCGAAGAGCAUGCAGCUGUUUUAUAUGGGUUAAGUAUAGGGAUAGAUUUAGAUGAAAGUAAGCCUUUCGUUGGUCGACUUCGACCUGCUCAGGUCACAGAUGCAUGGAGGAGUGUGUGGGACAUUGGGAAUCUGACUGAUGAGGGUCAGUUUGGUCAGGCCAGCAUUCAGUCUGUUCUUGAAAGUGUAGAAUGGAAUGAAGACUCCUCACUGCUUAAAAAUGACUCUGUGGGUGUCGGUGUGCUGUGGCAAAUGUAUCAAAAAUUUCUUGAUGGUCACGUGCUGUCUGUGAAGUUUAAUUUAGAUCACUAUGAGGAGCUGAAUGCUUCAGAUCCAUUCUUUUUGUUUGGUCGUGUAUCUGGUACCAUUGGUUUGACAAGGAAAACUGAACCAAUACAUUUUGUUCGUGGACGUUUUCUUCAGUCCUACAAAGUACUAGAUGACCCAGAAAAUCGUUCAUAUGCCAACGUGGCACCAUUUGUUGUCGAUUUUUACCAAUCGAUUGUGGCUAUUGAUCUCGGUAAUGCUUUGAGUCGUAGUACCUUUGAUGGCAGCUGGAACAAUGAACAUCUUGGCAAUCGUGUUGAUAUUUUUACUCAAAAUUCAAAGCAAGUAAUUGGGUCUGUAGAUUUGUCGUCAGAUAAAUGGUAUCUUCAAUGUGCCGGAAUCUUUGAAUUUUACUUGUCUACCAAUCAACUUCGUGACAUACAAGUAGAGCCUAUAGAAGUCAGAAGUGAUACUGGAUUGCUCUUGUUGUCUGAGUCAGAGUACUUAGUGCGACCACUUGAGCAAACAUUUGCAAAACUCAAUCCAGGUGAUAGCUGGACAGUCAACCUUUUUAUAACCAGUCUAGGGAAGAGUGUUUGUAGUUUCCCAGCUACAGCAAAUAUUACUCUCAUUAGUCAGAAAACACCAUCUGAUAAAGUGAAAUAUGCUCAGGAUGCUCUCAAAAUAUGCAAUGGGCAAGCAAUGGUGAACUCUCUAACGAGGAAGUUUAUGAGUGACUGUAGUGGACAGUUUGCUGUUACAAUUGAAGCCUCUAGUCCAGGCAACCUUCGAGGCUUUGUAGACGGUGAGGUUUAUAAGAUGGAGAUCGAUUUGGACUCACUUGUACACAUGCAUUUUUUCAUUCGUCUUUAUGAUGCAUUUCCUGUGCCUGACGAACCAACAUGGUAUGGUAGCAAUGGUGUGAAACGAAUUGUCAUGCUGUAUGAAAUGCUGUAUCCAUUUUGUAAACCCUCACUUUUUCAAUCAAAUUACAAAGACAUCACCAGGCUACAAAAUCGACAGUUAUUGAUAUCACUACUCUCUUUGGAAGAAUCAUCACCGCAGUCAUUACCUGUUGCAAGAGAUCUGUCGUCUGGCAAGAGAAAGACAUUACUCAAGUGGUUACAUAAUCCUAAGAAAGGAAGGUCAAGUGAUUGAUGUCAAGAGCUUAAUUCGGUGCAGCAUUGUAUGCUGGUUUUAUGUGUAGUGGGAUAUAGUGCAGGUGUUUUAGCAAAUUUAAAUUUUUAGGCAGAAUUUUAUCUUGUAGUUGUUUGGCUUAGAGUUGCAAUAGACUAUGUGAGGUCAUUCAA